AGGGUCCAGCUAAAAAAUAAAUGGGAUGGAUUGAAAAAUGAAUGGAAGCUUUGGAAGCAACUCAAGGGAAAAGAAACUGGUUUAGGAUGGAGUAUGCAAAAGAAUACAAUUGAUGCAACUGAAGAUUGGUGGAAUAGUAAAUUACAGACUCAUCCCGAUGCUGCAAAGUUUCGCAUUCGGGGAAUUGAACCAGAAGUAGAGGAAAAAUUAGAUAAGAUUUUUAUGAACACUGUUGCUACAGGAGAGUAUGCUUGGACACCUUCAUCUGGAAUAAUUACAUCUGAGUCUGAAAAACCUUUUAAUGAUACUGAAACCUUACAUGAACAACUUGAGAGUAGUGAUGAUGAUAUAGAGAUGCCUAAUAUUGAUAGAUUUUCUAAAGAGAAAACUAGCAAGAGAACAACUGAGCCACUUGAGAAACAAAAUAAAAAAAUGAAAAAUGGAAAAGGAAAAAUGAAGAAGACAGGGCCCGUAAUGAUAUUUGAACAAAUUGGUCGCCUUGCUGAUGCCGUGGAGACAAGAAGUAGAAAUAUUGAAAUAGCUAGAAAAGAGAAUAGUAUUGCCGAAGUUAUGAAAAUGUUAAAUUCUUUGCCUGAAAUCGAGAAAGGGAGCAGCUUGUAUUUAUUUGCAACGCGCUUGUUUAUCAUGAAAGAGAAGAGAGAGAUGUUUGCUUCAUUGGAAGAACCUGAGUUAAUGCUUACUUGGCUCAAGAAUGAGUAUACUCUGGAAUAUAAUUAUAAUGCUUAAAUCGUUCAGAAUAGUAGCCUUUAUUUUCUAAACUUUGUGUAAUGACUUUAAUAUAUUUUUGUUAUGUUAUUUCUUUAAUCGUAUUGCUCUCAA